GACUACAAGGAAGCUUUGCUAUUGCCUAGCGCCUGGGAAACCCCAGCCAGAAGGAGUCCAUUUCUGGUAGAAGCCUGUCCAUCAAGGAGCAAUGACCCAGAAGACCACCCUAGUGCUCCUGGCUCUGGCUGUCAUCACCAUCUUUGCUUUGGUUUGUGUCUUGCUAGCUGGCAGGAGUGGAGAUGGGGGCGGACUGAACCAACCUCUUCAUUGCCCCUCCGUUCUUCCUAGUGUCCAGCCCCAGACACACCCUGGCCCAGCCCAGACACACCCUGGUCAGAGCCAGCUGUUUGCAGACCUGAGCCCCGAGGAGCUGACAGCUGUGAUGAGCUUUCUGACCAAGCACCUGGGGCCAGGGCUGGUGGAUGCAGCCCAGGCUCGACCCUCGGACAACUGUGUCUUCUCAGUGGAGUUGCAGCUGCCUGCCAAGGCUGCAGCCCUGGCCCACCUGGACAGAGGGGGGCCCCCACCUGUGCGAGAGGCACUGGCCAUCAUCUUCUUUGGUGGACAACCCAAGCCCAAUGUGAGUGAGCUGGUGGUGGGGCCCCUGCCUCAUCCCACCUACAUUCGGGAUGUGACUGUGGAGCGUCACGGUGGCCCUGUGCCCUAUUAUCGGCGUCCUGUGUUGGGCAGAGAGUAUCAGGAUAUCGAGGAGAUGAUCUUCCACAGAGAGCUGCCCCGAGCUUCUGGACUCCUCCAUCACUGUUGCUUCUAUAAGCACCAGGGACAGAACCUGCUAAAAAUGACUACAGCCCCUCGUGGUUUGCAAUCAGGGGACCGGGCCACCUGGUUUGGCUUGUAUUACAAUCUCUCAGGGACUGGGUUUUACCCUCACCCCAUUGGCUUGGAGCUUCUGGUAGAUCAUAAGGCCCUGGAUCCUGCCCUGUGGACCAUCCAGAAGGUAUUCUAUCAAGGCCGUUACUAUGAGAGUCUGACUCAGCUGGAAGACCAGUUUGAGGCUGGCCUGGUGAAUGUGGUAUUGGUCCCAAACAAUGGUACAGGUGGGUCCUGGUCUCUAAAGUCCUCAGUUCCACCUGGCCCAGCUCCCCCUCUGCAAUUCCAUCCCCAGGGACCCCGGUUCAGUGUCCAGGGGAGCCAAGUGACUUCCUCCUUGUGGGCUUUUUCUUUUGGCCUUGGAGCUUUCAGUGGCCCAAGGGUCUUUGAUAUCCGCUUUCAAGGGGAGAGGGUGGCCUAUGAAAUUAGUGUCCAGGAGGCCAUAGCCCUGUACGGUGGAAAUUCCCCAGCAUCAAUGUCAACCUGCUACAUGGACGGUAGCUUUGGCAUUGGCAAAUACUCUACCCCCCUGACCCGCGGGGUAGACUGUCCUUACCUCGCCACCUAUGUGGACUGGCACUUCCUUCUGGAAUCUCAGUCCCCCAAGACACUCCGUGAUGCAUUUUGUGUGUUUGAACAGAACCAGGGGCUCCCGCUCCGGCGGCACCACUCAGAUUUCUACUCCCACUAUUUUGGGGGCGUUGUGGACACGGUGCUUGUGGUCAGAUCCGUGUCUACCUUGCUCAAUUAUGACUACAUAUGGGACAUGGUCUUCCACCCCAACGGGGCCAUAGAAGUCAAAUUCCAUGCCACGGGCUAUAUCAGCUCAGCUUUCUUCUUCGGGGCUGGUGAGAAGUUUGGGAACCGAGUUGCGGAGCACACGCUGGGCACAGUACAUACCCACAGCGCUCACUUCAAAGUGGAUCUGGAUGUGGCAGGGCUGAAGAACUGGGCCUGGGGAGAGGACAUGGCUUUUGUCCCCAUGAAUGUACCUUGGCGACCGGAGUACCAGAUGCAGAGGCUGCAGGUGACUCGGAAGCUGCUGGAGACCGAGGAGGAGGCUGCCUUCCCACUGGGGGGCGCCACCCCACGCUACCUGUACCUGGCCAGUAACCACAGCAACAAGUGGGGUCAUAGGCGGGGCUACCGCAUCCAGAUACUCAGCUUUGCUGGAGAGCCAUUGCCCCAGGAAAGUCCCAUAGAGAAAGCCUUCAGCUGGGGGAGGUACCACUUGGCUGUGACCAAGAGGAAGGAGGAAGAGCCUAGCAGCUCUAGCAUCUUCAACCAGAACGACCCGUGGGCCCCCACGGUGGACUUCACCGACUUCAUCAGCAAUGAGACCAUCGCUGGAGAGGACUUGGUAGCCUGGGUGACAGCUGGCUUUUUGCACAUCCCUCAUGCGGAAGACAUCCCCAACACGGUGACUGUGGGGAACGCAGUGGGCUUCUUCCUCCGGCCAUAUAACUUCUUUGACGAGGACCCCUCCUUCCACUCUGCUGACUCCAUCUAUUUCCGGGAGGGCCAGGAUGCCAAGGCCUGUGAGGUUAACCCCUUGGCUUGCCUGUCCCAGACUGCCACCUGUGCCCCUGAAAUUCCUGCCUUCUCCCAUGGGGGCUUUGCUUACAAAUAAGUGUCCCCAAGAUGGACAAUCUAGCCAAGAGCUGGGAAAUAGAGCAACAGCUGGGCAGUACACAGAGCAAUCCGAUUGAGGAUCUGGUUCCUUCUGUCCUCACAUCUUUGAUGGCCCCUCUCUCUUCUGCUGCCCUCCUUGUCUCUUCCUCCUUGCUUGGAGCAUCCUGAGCCCAUGGAUGCCUGACACACGGGGACACUGAGCUCUGUUGGUUGUGCCUGUACUGAGUUCCUUGGGAGAAUAGCCUUGCUAGGAGCCUGGAGUAAUGGCUAUGUUUUGUUUUGUUUUGAAUAUGGUUCCUUUUCCCCACCCCACCCCACCCCUGAUUUGGCUUUCAUUAAAAAGCUUGUAAUAGCUUUGAGGACUCUGCAAUGAGGAUAACUCCCUAGAGACCCCAAAGUAGGGUCUCUCUGAGUCUUUUACAUCCACAGAUUCUUCAUCUACAUUCCUUUCCACUUAAGCCUCUUUCAUUUCCAAUCUCUCCCUCUCCCUCCCCACCCCCUCUCCCAUCCUCCCCCGCCCCCACACUCUUCCUGGAGUUCCUGCUUGCUCAUACAUGCACAGUCCAAAAGGCGAUGACCGUCCUAAGAGUUCUCUCAGUCCUCAUUCUCAAACUGCAAUCCCUUCUCCUGGACCUGAGUCUGUGGAAAUCUCAAAGAUUAAUGCUAAGUCUCAUCGGAGAGGACCAGGCUUUUCUAUCUCCUAACGUUUGUCACAUAUCAGGAAGGAGUAGGACUUGUCCCUGCUGUAGCCCUGCUUUGCCCUCUUUACAAGAAGAUGGAGGUGCUGUGAUUAUGACGAAUGGUUAUUUUAUUCUAGGGCUCUGCUCCACUGCGGCUCUGGCCUCUGUGCAGUAGCCUGCAGAAGCCAGCUUGGGACAGUGAGAUAGGGUCCAUGUGUCCGCAUCAAAGGUGAGAAACAGAAAACUCUGGGAAACACCCCACCUCCUACUCACCACCCCCAGGCGCCUAUCACGGGAUCUGUCCAAUCAGAAGCAGGCAUGCAAAUGAGCCUGAGUCUGAUCAGGCUUGGUGGGACCUGCUUCAGGGUUUCUCAGUGCUGCUUGUCUUUGCUGAGAUCUGGACAGGAGGCGGUACACAUGUGACUAAAAACAACAGACACACCAUUCUAGCUCUCUGGCCAGCUCCAAUGUUAACUUAUGUUAUUACUGUUAUUAAUGAAAGAAAGGGCUGGAAAGAUGGCUUAGUAGGUAAGUGUGCGGACUGCUCUUGCAAGGGACCCAAAUUCUGUUCCCAACAUCCUUAUUAGGUGCUCACAACAAUCUAUAUAACUCUAGCUCCAAGAGAGCCGAUGCCCUCUUCAGGAGCACCUAUACUUGUGCACAUACCUUCACACAGACAUAUACAUAUAAAUAAAAAAUAAAAGUACUUAGCCUGGCAUGGUGACAUGUGA